AUGAACAAUUUAAUUCAUGAACGUGUCAGACACAACCCUCUCAUAAAGCCAGCGGAGAUUGUAGAUUAUGUUAAAGUUGGUGGCGGGAUCGACAUCAAGUAUCACCACGCAUAUCAUGCACUUGAGUUGUUGCAUCAACAUAUUUUUGGUGAUGAUGUCAAAUCUUACACCGAUCUUGCUUGGUGGGUGAAUGCAGUUAGGGAAACAAACCCCGGGUCAUAUAUUUAUUUCGACUUCAAUGAUGUUACACAGAGAUUCAAUAGACUGUUUAUUUGCUUUGGAGCUUGUAGAGAGGGAAAUAAAUUCUGUCGUCCGAUGAUUUUCUGUGAUUGUACAUUUCUUACUGGGACUUUUAGAGGAGGUCUGAUGGCGGCAACAUAUCUUAAUGGCAAUCAAGGUUUUUAUCCUCUCGCAUAUGCAUUAGUUUCUGGUGAAACUAAUGACAAUUGGGAAUGCUAUUGCUAUUUCCACUUGGGCAAAAACUUACCUAUCGCAAAGCCUGACAAAAAUUACAAAGAAGUGACUGAUGUUUUCCAAAAGGAAACAUAUGCGCUUUCUCCUGCAAGAUACGAGGAACCUCUGCAAGAAAUGGUUAAUUUCGGAAGGCCUUGGUUUUCUGACUACUGCCGCAACAUUCCAAGGGAAAAGUGGUCCAGUGCAUUCUUCAAGGGUUGUAGGUAUGGGAAGACUUCUUCAAGCGUUUCCGAGUCGUUCAAUAAUUGGAUUAACCGUGAGAAGAAGUUGCCUGCGUGUGCGUUGGUUGACAAGAUCAGGCUACGUAUUAUGGAGUUGAUGUCAGAAUGUCGCGAAGAGAGUGUGUUGAUGAACCCAGAACUGUUAACCCCUGUGUAUCAAGCCUUGCUUGAACUACACAUUCAACUUGGCCGUCCCUCGAAAGUUAGCCAGUCAGGUGCUAACCUCUUUGAAGUGAAUUCUCCAAGGAUUCUUGAUUAUGUCGAGGAUUAUUUCAAAGCUACCUGUUAUCGUGAGCUAUAUCCAAUAGCUAUUAGACCUGUUUCUAACUACAACAGUUACGAUUCUAUAUUUUUUUCUCACAAGCCUGAUGAGUAUGACGUAGAAGAUACCGUUCUCCCAUCAGCUGUAAUUAGGGCUCCACCAGGCAGAAAAAAGGGAAAGCGUACGAAAAGUACAUGGGAGAAUAGUAGAAAAUCUGUUAAGUGUUCAAACUGCUUGAACAAGCAGCAGAAUGUGAAAUGUAAUAUACCGAUGACGUUGUCAUUCUUUCCACCAUCUAUUAUUUGA